GAUGCUUUAAGAAAAGAAAGCAACAAACAAUAUGGAAAUUUCCUGUUACACAUCCAAAACACAAAAACCAAAUUACCACCAUUAAAUCGAACUUCCCUUCUAUAUAUAGCAAGGUUCCACCUGGACGUUAUUGUAUGCAUAUGCGCUUCUCAAACAGUUGGAUAAAGGUAAAUUUUAUUACAACUCUCACUCUAUAUAUAUACAUACCUUCCCCUCUCUCUGUCUCUCUCUCCGACUCCAUAUCACCUAGCUUUAGAGCAAUCUCAAACUCAACAAAGAGAAAGAAAACAGCACUAAUUCUCUUUGAUUCCUUCAUCUGACCAGUAUUUUUCUCUUCCUCUCCCCGGCCGCUUUCAGUAAUAUUCCGUGCAUUGUUUGAUCAAAUUCUACUUCUAGCCCUGAUCGAGUUGUGUUACAUCAACUUUUGUUUUAUUAGCAGUUCAGUACUAGUGAAAUUAUAAUAGUACUCCGUAUAUAUAUAUAUAUAUAUAUAUAUAUAUAUAUAUUGUGAAAGACGAAUAUAUGGUGGAAAAUGGAAAUGCUAGUUUUUACUUUUGUGGAAGCGAGUCUCUGAUUUACACCAUAUUUUUUGUUAUCCUUUUUUGAUCAUCGAAAAGAUUUAUUAAUGUGACAAGAAGUAAAGAAAGAAGGAUGGCCGAUAACAACAACAAUCAGAAAUCACCCAACUGGUCAACAUCUCUGAUGAGAACAAGGUCGGAGCAACUGCCGGAGGCCAUGUCAGCUUUGAAGUCGCCGUCGCCGGUUCAUCCGUCGAGCAGCAAUCCCGAAAGUCCCGCCGCCCUGAUCGGAGGAGCGGAAACCAACAGCGUUAACAAUGUUAGUAGCGGAACGCUUUCCCGGAAAUCCAGCAAAAGGCUGGCCAUACCGUCGCCGGGAAGGAGCGCCGCCAGCGGCCGGAACACCCACAUUAGGAAGUGGAGCAGCGCCCAGAUGAAACUCGACUUCGAUGACGUCAGCAGCGGCGCCGCCUUGAGUCGAGCCUCCAGCGCCAGCUUGGGCUUGUCCUUUUCCUUCACCGGCUUCACCAUGCCGCCCGAUGACAUCGCCGACACUAAGCCCUUCAGCGACGACGAUAUCCCUGAAGACCUGGAAGCAGGUAUCCGUAAGAAGAAGAUUCACACAGAACCCACCUUGCCAAUUUAUCUCAAGGUGAUUGAUUUGCUUCCUCGUGCAUGCAUGGGCAUCUUUUGCCUGAAAAAAAAAUAAAAAAAAAAAUAAAAAAAAUUCCAUAUAAUUUUAAGAACUUUGCAUGAUCUGGUGGCGUAAAACAUGAUGUCCUCUGCUUGAAAAUGGAUUGAAUUAGGUACUGAUAUAUAUUUCGAACCGGCAGGGGAUGGAGAUUUAUGUUACACGAUCAAGGGGUUCCCCAUUAAACAUGGAUGUCUUGUCAGGUUCAGUCUUGUACAGAAUCUCAUUUCAUAUGGCUUUUUGUACAAGACUAUCCCCUAAAUUAUUAUUAACAAAAAUUCCAAUAAAUCACUCCCAGUUUUGAUGAUAGAGAAGUUAGUAACAUGAAUUCCAGUUCAAAUAUGCCUUGUUGGAUAUGUCUCAUAGUUUUCGCAGAGGAAUUCCAAAUUUUCAAUCAUGUGUCACAAAUUUGUCUAAUACUUUCUUUGUAGAAUUUUCCCACCGAAAAAUGACGGAUGGAAUUCCUUGUGUGAGUUGCAGUUUACGGAUGUUUCGUAUAAGGUUGUGGUCAGGGGAGUGACAUCAACAGUGGAGAAAGAUGUUUUGAAUGGAAUAACAGGUUGUGUAAAUCCAGGUGAAGUUUUGGCUUUAAUGGGGCCUUCUGGAAGUGGGAAAACUACCCUGCUCAGUCUGCUAGGUGGCAGGUUGAGGGAAUCUACAGUAGGAGGUACAAUCACAUACAAUGACCAGCCAUACUCAAAGUUCUUGAAAAGCAGGAUAGGGUUUGUAACUCAAGAUGAUGUGCUGUUUCCGCACCUUACGGUGAAAGAAACACUGACCUUUGCUGCAAGGCUGAGAUUGCCAAGCACACUGACAAAACAGGAGAAGGAAAAACGUGCCUCUGAUGUCAUAUAUGAGCUUGGAUUAGAGAGGUGUCAAGAUACCAUGAUUGGAGGCUCCUUUGUUCGGGGAGUUUCAGGUGGAGAGCGGAAGCGUGUUUGCAUAGGAAAUGAGAUAAUUAUCAACCCAUCACUUUUGUUCCUUGAUGAACCUACCUCUGGCUUGGAUUCCACCACUGCUUUAAGGAUUGUCGAGCUGUUGCAGGAUAUAGCUGAGAAUGGUAAGACAGUGAUCACCACCAUCCACCAGCCAUCUAGCAGACUCUUUCACAAGUUUGACAAACUGAUUCUUAUUGGAAAUGGGAGCUUACUUUACUUUGGAAAGGCGUCAGAAGCAAUGGAUUACUUUGCAUCCGUCGGAUGCUCACCACAAAUUCCAAUGAACCCUGCAGAGUUCCUGCUAGAUCUUGCUAAUGGGAACUUGAAUGAUGUUUCAGUCCCCUCUGAAUUGGACGACAAAGUGCAAAUGGGCAAUUCAGAAAUGGAGACUAGAAAUGGAAGGCCGUCGCCUGCUAUUGUGCAUGAGUUUCUUGUGGAAGCCUAUGAGACGAGAGUAGCUGAAAAUGAAAAGAAAAAGCUUAUGAUACCUCUGCAAAUCGACGAGGAUAUUAAGUCUAAAGUUUGUUCAACAAAGAGAGAAUGGGGGGCCAGCUGGUGUGAGCAGUAUUCUAUACUAUUCUGCAGGGGACUCAAAGAGCGACGACACGAUUAUUUCAGCUGGUUGAGAAUCACUCAGGUUCUGGCAACUGCCGUCAUAUUAGGAUUGCUAUGGUGGCAGUCAGGCAGUAAUAACCCCAAGGAACUACAAGAUCAGGCUGGAUUGCUAUUUUUUAUUGCUGUUUUUUGGGGAUUUUUCCCAGUUUUCACUGCAAUAUUCGCAUUCCCUCAAGAAAGAGCCAUGCUGAGCAAGGAAAGAGCAGCUGAUAUGUACAGAUUAAGUGCAUAUUUUGUGGCUAGGACAACCAGUGAUCUUCCACUUGACCUUUUAUUACCAGUGCUUUUCCUUCUGGUGGUAUAUUUCAUGGCAGGCUUAAGGAUCAAUGCCGGUUCUUUUUUCCUCACAAUGCUUACCGUUUUCCUGUGCAUUGUAGCAGCUCAGGGAUUUGGACUAGCUAUCGGCGCUACAUUGAUGGAUCUCAAAAGGGCAACAACUCUGGCUUCAGUGACUGUGAUGACCUUCAUGUUGGCUGGCGGGUUUUUUGUGAAGAAUGUACCAGAUUUCAUAGCAUGGCUCCGGUAUCUCUCAUUUAAUUAUCACACCUACAAACUGCUCCUGAAGGUCCAGUAUGAACACAUAAGUCACACAAUCAAUGGGAUAACAACAGACAGUGGUUGGAUGGAAGUCACUGUGCUGGCAAUCAUGGUUGUAGGCUAUAGAUUCUUGGCUUACCUAUCUUUGCGAAGGAUGAAACUACAUACUUAGAAGGAUUCAAAUGUAUCAAAAAGGAAGCUAGAUUCUUCUUCUCCUAUGAUUUGUGCGGUCUGAAGCUCAAGCUGAGACAAGAUGAGGACGGGGGUCGAAUUUUUCUUCUCUGGACAUUUUUUUAUGUAUCUGUAGUGCUGUUAAUUAAAAGUUUGCACACAGGAAAACUCACAACAGCUUUAAUUUUGUAAUGAUUUGGUGAGCUCAAUUAGUAUUCCUCUGAGCACAUAUAGAAAAAAUUGUCAAGUAAAUCUUUAAAUGGAUCAAUAGUGGAAACAAUAACACAACCAAGCCUAGGAUCUGCAGAGUAAAUUUUGAAUGACAAUCUGCACAGUUUCAUCCGCAGCAAUAUUAAAUUCUGAAUGACAUUGUUGUCAUCUGCGGCAAAGCAAUUCUAAAUGACAAGGUAAUCAGUGAACUUUCUUUCUUACACCUUUUUUGAUUUGGGAGAACCCCAAAAUCCUUGCUUGGUCUGAAGCUAGAUUCUUCUUUCUACCAUCUGUUUUGGUCUCACGGCUCAAGCUGAGAUUAAUAUGAGGAUGGACAAAUCGUCCAUCUCUACAAAUUUUGUGAAUAUGAAGCGUGAUAAAAAGUUUGUUUGCAGGGUAUCCCAAAAACAGGUUUAAUUGUGUAUGAUGUGAGCUCAGUUAGUACUCCU